UAAAAAUAACAUCAUAAAUAUAAAAUUUUUGCAAUUUGCAUUACGUGCAACCGGCCGGCUGUGUCAAGAUUCAAGAACGAGAUGGAGAAGACAAGACCAGAACCGCUCUCAGCAAAAGACCAAGGGUCAUUCGCGUUCGAUACAGUAAAUCGACGUAUGCCCGUGAUUUUGACACGUGUCAUCGAUGCUUCCAGCAAAUUAGCUUCUAAACUAACAGAGCAAAAUGAUCAUAAAAAAGCAGAUGAUGUCAAAAGUAUUUUGAAUCAACUGUCAGGACUCAAGUAUGAAAUGGAAACUAACAAACCUCUGAAGCAUAUAACUGAUGACCAAGAUGACACUGAAAUCUGGAACAACUACUUAAAAGGAAGACAAUCUUUGGUAGCUGGCAAGGAUCUUACAUUUUACACUGGAGCAUGGCUGUUAUGUGAAUGUUACAUGUAUCGGAGAAUAUUUCAAGCUUUUGUUUCAAGUUCCAUGUUCAAAGACUAUGAUCCAUUCAGUGCACAGAAGCAAGAAUCAUUUUUUAGCACAAUGGAUUCAGUGAAGUCUUUAUCAGAGAAUGUUAUCAAUUGUACCAACAUGCUUAGCGAGAACUCAAGUGACGAAGCUGUGAGGCUAGAGUUUGAGACUCUGUUACAGUUCUCUCUAUGGGCAAACAAGUGUGAUUUGUCUGUGUCUGGUGGUGUAAUCAAAGAUGGUCAACAUACCGGUAUGGCUGAACAACUUGAGCAUCUCAAAGCUUGGAUCCUGGUUGAUAACACGUCAGAGGUUUGGAAACUUCUGAGAAGCAUUGACCGAAGCACCGACCACAUGAUCCACAUAGACUUUGUCUUAGAUAAUGCUGGUUUUGAAGUUUUUGCUGAUUUGUGCCUGGCAGAAUUCUUUCUCUCUUUAAACCUUGCUAAAACCAUCUACUUUCAUGUGAAGAAUAUACCCUGGUUCGUUUCGGAUGCUUCUGAACGAGAUAUCAAUUGGUUGAUAGCACAGAUGAUGCAAUCUGAGAAUAGAUUUAUCUUGCAGCUUGGAACAAGGUGGCAAGCUAGGUUUGAUGAUGGAUCAUUUCAAUUCAAGAAGCACAUGUACUGGACUUUAGCGCAUGACUAUAGUGAAAUGGCAUUGGCUGCUUCAGAUCUGUAUGCAGAAUUGGGGAAAGCUAAGCUAGUAUUCUUCAAGGGUGACCUGAAUUAUCGCAAGUUGGUUGGAGAUCGUAAGUGGCCCCACACAACUCCCUUUACCGAAGCAUUGUGGGGUUUUUGUCCUGCGGCGUUGUGUUCAUUACGUACCCUAAAAGCUGACGUGGUUGUUGGAUUGCAACCAGGGCAGGACACUCAAGCUGAGUCAAAAGAUCCACAGUGGAUGGUUAAUGGCACUUACGCUGUUAUUCAAUAUCAGCUUAAUAUAUGAUACGAUUGAAUAU